ACAUCGGCGAUGAACUGCCUGAUAUAAAGCGAAGCUGCCAGGACAGGUAGGAGAGAGAGAGAGAGAGAGAGAGAAGAGAUCGAGGGAGCUCAAGAUCGCUCAAGAACAACCUCUGCGAUUUCCCAUUUCUCCUCUUUCAUCCUUAAUUUCUUACAGGCUCUGUAAUCAAUCCUCGCCGCCAUGUUUUCGUUGAGCGGAGCUACUUUUCUGAACAAUUCUCUGACGGGGAUUUCGAAGAGUUCGACGCUGUCCGCGCAGCGGAAGGCGUCGGCUCCGGCGGUGGUGGUGUCGGCGGCUCCGGUGAGCUCAAACGGCCGGCCAGAUCGAAACGUCGGCGUUUUGGUGGACGACGCUGUGAAGGAGAUGAAGGAGAAGUCUCCGUCGCCGUCAUCUUCUGCUAUGAUCGAGACGGAAUCGAAGCCGUCCGUUGGCGGUGGUGUGGAGGAUUUCUACGGAGAGGAUAGCGCCACGGAGGAUCAGUACAUCACGCCGUGGACUGUCCAUGUCGCGAGCGGAUAUCCGUUGCUGCGCGAUCCUCGCUACAACAAAGGCCUCGCCUUCACCGAGAAGGAGAGGGAUGCCCAUUUCCUACGCGGUCUUCUCCCGCCCGUCGUUAUCAGUCAGGACCUACAGGUUAAAAAGAUGAUGCAUAACAUUCGUCAAUAUCAAGUCCCGCUGCAAAGAUACAUGGCGAUGAUGGACCUCCAGGAGAGGAACGAGAGGCUGUUCUACAAACUUUUGAUCGAUAACGUCGAAGAGCUUCUCCCCGUUGUCUACACUCCCACCGUAGGCGAAGCGUGCCAAAAAUACGGGAGCAUUUUUCGACAACCGCAGGGCCUUUUCAUCAGUCUAAAAGAAAAGGGAAGAAUUCUCGAGGUACUAAAAAAUUGGCCCGAGAAGAAGAUUCAAGUUAUCGUUGUAACGGACGGCGAGCGCAUUUUGGGACUCGGCGAUCUUGGCUGCCAUGGAAUGGGAAUACCGGUCGGGAAGCUUUCGUUGUAUUCAGCUCUCGGUGGCAUCCGGCCUUCGGCUUGCUUGCCCGUGACCAUUGAUGUCGGGACAAACAACGAGCAGUUGUUAAACGAUGAGUUUUAUAUUGGGCUUAGACGGAGGAGGGCAACCGGGCAGGAGUACGCCGAGCUUAUCGAUGAAUUCAUGACUGCCGUGAAGCAGAAUUACGGAGACAAAGUACUUAUUCAGUUCGAAGACUUUGCGAAUCACAACGCUUUCGAUCUCCUCGCCAAGUAUGGUUCGACUCAUCUUGUUUUCAACGACGAUAUUCAGGGGACUGCAUCGGUGGUUCUUUCCGGGCUUAUGGCAUCGUUGAAAUUAGUCGGGGGCAGUUUGGCCGAUCAUACGUUCUUAUUCCUUGGAGCGGGAGAGGCUGGAACGGGUAUUGCCGAGCUGAUAGCUCUCGAAAUCUCGAAACAGACGGGAGUCCCGUUGGAAGAGGCCCGGAAGAGCAUAUGGCUCGUCGACUCGAAGGGAUUGAUCGUUCGGUCGCGUAUCGAGUCGCUUCAGCAUUUUAAGAAGCCGUGGGCGCAUGAACACAAACCCGUUGCGACUUUGUUGGACGCCGUCAAGGCGAUUAAGCCAACGGUGUUAAUCGGAUCGUCGGGAGCGGGAAGAACCUUCACGAAAGAAGUAAUCGAGUCGAUGUCCUCCCUCAACGAGAAACCGGUCAUUCUUGCGCUCUCGAACCCGACGUCGCAGUCCGAAUGCACGGCCGAAGAAGCGUACACAUGGAGCCAGGGCCGAGCUAUUUUCGCUAGCGGGAGUCCAUUUAGCCCGGUCGAAUACAACGGCAAAUUUUACGUGUCGGGACAGGCGAACAACGCGUAUGUCUUUCCCGGGUUUGGCCUCGGUUUGAUUAUUUCCGGCGCAAUCAGAGUACACGACGAUCUGCUUCUUACAGCGUCGGAGGCAUUAGCCGAUCAGGUUAGCCAAGAACACCUCGAUAGAGGACUCAUAUAUCCGCCGUUCUCGAACAUCCGAAAAAUCUCGGCGCAGAUUGCUGCUCGAGUCGCAGCGAAAGCGUACGAGCUAGGUUUGGCUACUCGUCUUCCGGAGCCCGACGACCUUGUCGCCUAUGCGGAAAGCUGUAUGUACAGCCCGAACUACCGUCGCUACAGAUGAAUGGACGGAUUUGCCUCCGAUUAGGACGAUCGAUCGAUACCGUUGGUUGCGGACUUGUUCGAAAAAGCGCAGCCACUAAGUGUAUGUAAGUUUUUUUGGAAAAGAAAUGAAGAAAAAGAAAGAGACCCAGCAGCAGAUUUUUAACAUUGAAUUGAGUUUUAGAGAACAUAAUAUAUGAUAUGAUUACAACUGUUUUUAUUAGUUUUAUUUGUUAUUGAUGAUUAA